GUUGCCUGACAGUCCAUGACUUAAGGUCUCAGCCAUGCACACCUGUUCGCCAUGUCUUCUAACCGUGCUUUAUAUAAUUUUAGCCGUCAACACAUUGAUUUUACCAACAGAAUCGGCAAGUUGCUGCCUGUCCUACUCACGAAGGCCAAUUCGCUGCCAGAGGCUAAAAGGGUACACCAUGCAAGACAUCACAACAUCCUGUGAUAUCAAAGCCAUCAUUUUCCACACUGUUGCAGGGAGACUAAUCUGUGCUGAUCCUGUUCGACUUUGGACCAGGCGAAGAGUGGAGUGUCUCAAGAAGAGAGCCAUCAGAAUGUCAUCACAACAACCGUCAUUAUGAUAAAGUUACCUGGAAUCGGAGAAUGUUGACUAACCAGAGAGAUGAGAUCUUUAUCUGCACCACCAGACUCCAAUGCAGUUUUGUCCACCAAUCGACAAGAUUGUUGAAUACAUGGCACUGAAGAAAGCCAAGCCUCUUUUUAAAAUCUUAUUCCCAGUCACACGCACGCACGCACGCACACACGCACGCACGCACGCACACACACACACACACACACCCACACACACAAAUUUAGUCAUCAGUUGUCAGAUGGAAGAGCAUAACAUUGCUUCUUUGUGAUUCACCACUUUUUUUUUGUUGGCUGAAGUUUCAGCACUAGGCCUUCAUCAGAGUAACCAUAGCGAAAAAGCUUAUUACUGUAUAUAAACAAGUGCAUCAUAGGACACUCAAAGAGGAGUCCCUCCCAAUAAUUACAUCAGUGAACACUAUAUACAUACAGUAUUAUAUACAUUCAAAAAGGAAAAAGAGGCACAAUCUCAAGGUUCGUCAGGUGGGUCAGGUGGGUCAGGUGCGUGUCAGGAGUGGAACCCCUAGGUCACCAACGUUAAAGCAAAGAAAGCUCCCGCACACUGUUCACAUUUGCAUGGUUUACUGCAACGUUUCGGUCUACUGACCUUCUUCAAGCAGAAGGUUUGAAUUGCUUGAAGAAGGUCAGUAGACCGAAACGUUGCAGUUGCAGACUGACUACAAUGGUGCAAUUAUUUUUUAAUUUUCGGUAUUCUGACCUUCUUCAAGCAGAAGGUUUGAAUUGCUUGAAGAAGGUCAGU